UGUUGACAUUUUGCUCUCCUCUGUCAUUUGUGGUAUCUGACAGUUUUUGUUCCAAGGGAGGUGGAAAAAAGGAGCAUGAAUUUUGAUGAUGUCCUCGACAGAAUUGGUGGUUUCGGCAAGUUCCAGAAGACCUUGUACGUAUGGAUUUGCCUCCCGCAGAUCUUCCUUGCAUUCCACAUGCUGGUGUCUGUCUUCACUGGGGCGGUCCCCCCCCACUUCUGCCGCUCUGCCUGGCCCGUCGCAGCCAACCAGGGCCUGCCCCUGAACUUCAGCCAGACCACUAGCCAUGGAAGUGGCUACAACCUCUCCUGCACCGCGCUUGACGCCCCAUCGGCCUUUGCCAACCACAGCAACGCUCUGGCCCAAAGCAGUGGCCCCAUGCAGGGGGGCUGCCAGGGAGGGUGGGAGUUCAGCAAAGAGACCUUUCACAGCACUAUAGCGACAGAGUGGGGCCUUGUGUGCGACAGUGCCAAACUAAACAGUUUUGGUUCUUCGAUCUACAUGUCUGGCCUCCUGGUCGGUGCUGUGCUCUUUGGGGCUCUGGCAGACAAAUAUGGCCGGAGAUGCAUCAUCUUGGUUGGCCUGGCCAUACAAGCCAUCUUUGGAGUGGGCACCGCCUUCGCCCCAAACUUCUACGUCUACAUUUUUCUCCGCUUUAUAGUUGGGACAACAGUCUCGGCAGUUAUCAUGAAUGCCUUUGUCCUAGGUACGGAAUGGACAGGGCGGAAACAGCGCAUGCUCGCCGGGGUGAUCACGGACUACUCCUUCGGUUUUGGGUACAUCCUUCUGGCAGGCGUGGCCUUCCUGAUUCGUGACUGGCGCAAACUGCAGCUGGCUAUCUCCGCGCCAGGAUUCCUUUUUGUCUUCUAUAUCUGUGUUCUGCCCAAAUCAGCUCGCUGGCUAAUGGCUAACGGAAGGAAUGAGGAAGCCAUGGAUUUAAUCCGCAAGGCAGGCACAGUGAACGGCAAGCAGCUACCCCCCGAUGUCAAGAUGUUUCAGGAAUAUAAGGAAUUUGAGAUGGAUGCAGCAAAGAAAAAACACACCGUAGUCGAUCUGGUCCGUACUCCAAGGAUGAGGAAAUUGUCCUUGAUACUCUUCUACCUGUGGUUCGUCAACGUACUGGUCUAUUACGGCCUUUCAUUGAACAUCUCGGAUUUCGGGAUGAACAUCUACCUCACCCAGUUCAUCUUCGGCCUUGUGGAGAUGCCUGCUCGAACCAUCACCCUCUUUACCCUCAACCGCUCCAGGAAGAUUUCCCAGUUCUCCUUUAUUGCUGUUGGAGGACUUGCGUGUCUUUUAACCAUUUUCAUCCCUGAUGAGCUGUCUGUCCUGAGAACGGUCCUGGCCAUGAUCGGAAAGUUCGGCAUCACAGCCUCGCUGUCCAUUGUGUACAUCUACUCCGCCGAGGUGUUUCCCACAGUCAUCAGGCAGAGUGGUAUCGGCAUGUCCUCCAUGUGCGCACGUGUAGGCGGGGUCAUCGCCCCCAUCAUCUACCUCCUCAGGGAGUACAGUAAGGAGGCACCCAUGAUGAUGUUCGGUUUGUGCCCCCUGCUGGGUGCCGCUCUCACCCUGCUGUUACCCGAGACAGCCAACAGGCCACUGCCCGACACCAUCAGGGACGUGGAGGAGGGAUACAACAGCAGGGAGCAUGAUGGAGCCACGCAGCAGGCUCUCUGCAGAGAAGGCCCAGGAGCUGUGGAGCUCAUCAGCUGAAGCUCAGCUCU